GCUUGUAUAGCCAGUUUCACACAGCGCGCGGCACUCAUUCUGUGUGUAGAAUUUCUGUAAAUGCGGUUGUCACUACCUGUCACUACCUCGGGAGUUAAUACGGUUGCAGAAUGCGGUUGUCACUCCCGUAUUUUACUGAACUGUGUGUGUACAGAACGCGAUUAAGCACUAAAAGGUGAACUGACAACCGAAUUUAGCUGCAAUGUUCAGGAUGAUGGAGGGCAGACUGUUAGAGCACUCAGAAGAGUGUAAAGAUCCUCCUCAGCUGUUUACAUACUAUCAAGGUGACAUCAACACUGCCGUGGAUGAGCACUUCUUCCGUGCCCUGAACAAAGCCACCAUACCCAAAGACCUCAGCACCAAAGCCAAGGACAGCAACAGGACUCCAAAAUCUGGUGUCCCUCCAUCAUCAUCAUCAUCACCAUGGGGUCUAACAUGGUCUAAGUCCACACACUCUUCUGGCUCCUCAAAGUUGACCCAACUGACAUCCAUGGAAGCCUCGGCUCCAUCCCAGGGAGUUAUCGUGAAUCCUUCAGGACUAUCAUCAUCAUCAUCCUCCUUCUGGCCACCCAGACAAGGCACAGGCUUUGAACUGCCUCAAAUACUCUACCAACAGCCCGUGGCUGCUGAGAGCAGUGCCAACUCUUACCUAAAUCUGUUACAAAUGGAUCGCCCAACAGGGGGCAUCAUGAUCUCGCCCUUCUCAAAAUCAGAUACCAGACCAGAGUGGAAUUCUGGGAUGGCCUUUAAAGAUGUAUCUGGAAGCAGGAUCGGCCUAGAUUCAGGUGUGCCUGAAAUCAAUAAGGAUUUGUACUGGUAUUGAAGAAGAGAUUUCUGGCUUUACUUUAUGACGAAAAUACAUUUUCAGCAUAAGACUGCCUGUGUUUACAUUAUUAUGUAAGCUUAAACUCAAACCAUCAUUAUCAUGGCGUCAGACAUUCCUCAGAAAUGAAUUGCUUCUUUUAGUCGUGAACAUGUAUAUAAGCUACCUUAUAAUAGGACAUAAGUGAGAAAACCUGAUUGGAAAUGGUUUGCUUCUCUUAGCUGUUUAAUUGGUGAUUGAGGAAGUAAAGUCUAUUUAUAUUAUUUGUAAUACAAUCAUUGUUGUUCUAAACUUUCUUUUUGUAUUGUAUGCUGUUUUGAAAGUUCUUAUUUUUACUGUAGACUGUAAUUUCCACAAUGCAAAAACUAUAUUGUCAUUUGACAAAAAAUAUAUAUAUAUUUAAUAUAGCUACUUUUUAAAGGAAACUUUCUUUCUGAAAAGUUCCUCAUACCUUGGGGGACCGUUCAAAACCUCAGUGUGUCGACUCUUUAGAUCAGGUUACACAGAAGGCAAAGCAUAGUUCAUGCAAUUCCAAAAGUAAACUGACAUGAGCAAUCCAAAAAUAAAUUUCCUCGAAAUUGUUCAAAUGAAUUUCAUCUUUACAAACCUGUUUUCUUAAAACCUGCUUCACACUUUUUUUCCCUCAAGCAAUGAAGCAUUUCUCUGUCACAGUCCCUCACUUUUGAUAUAUGAGUAUGACAAAACAGCUAAAGGCUUUACACAUUGAUGAAUUUCUUCAAUUAUUUCCAAGAAUUGUAUACUGCAGUCUAUUUUCAGAUUAGACAUGUGACCCAUUGUUUAAUAAAUCCCUCAUAAAUAUUG